UUUGGAACUUAUUUACACAUACAUAUACUUCGCCGACAAAUCGUGUGAUCGUUCUCCCCCUUCGCCGUGGGCUGAACGUAGCCGCAUCCCCUUCACUAGUGUAUCUCUCCCUCAGUAUCUCUUGUCAACACAACACACGAACAAUCAUGUCAGAUGACGCAUUCGAGAAGGAAGGCUCGCAGACAGCCGCCGACUCGCGCGACGAUUCUCAUCCAACGGCGGUGAAGUACGACGCAGGAGUGGACGUCGCAGUCCUGCUUAUGGAGGCACAUGAGGGGGACAGUGAGCAAGAGCUGUCCAAGAGCACGGCAAGCAAAAUUCGAACGAAGCUUGACUGGAGAUUGCUUCCCCUGCUGUUCCUUCUUUAUACGGUUAAUGCUAUGGAUAAGUCGACACUUGGCUCUGCUGCAGCGCUGGGCAUCCUAACGGAUGCCAAACUGUCGAGCGACGAGCUGAACAACCUCGGGUCCGCAUUCUACAUCGGGUACCUCAUCGCCGAGUACCCGCAGGUAUACGCGAUGCAGCGCCUACCGGUGGCAAAGUGGAUCGCGUUUAACAUUUUCCUCUGGGCGGUGUUUAUCGGUCUCCAGGCUGCAUGCACGAACUACGGUGGUCUAUUCGCCCUCCGUUUCCUCCUUGGUAUGUCCGAAGCAUGCAUCACCUCCGGGCUCAUGCUCGUCACCUCGAUGUUCUACACCCGCGUCGAGAUUGGCGAGCGCAUCGGCUGGUCAUUCCAAUGCAACGGUUUCGCGAUGAUCAUCAUCGGUUUCAUCGCCUACGGGAUGGGGCAAGUACCACCGUCCCACAGGCCAGCACCUUGGCAGUGGCUCAUGAUCAUCAUGACCAUCGCGUCAGUGAUCGUUGCUGCCUUGUUCUGGUGGGGAUUCCCGGAUAACCCCACUACGGCUAGGUUCUUGACCGAGCAAGAGAAGGUCGAUGCUGUUAGGAGGGUGAAGGGCAACCAGGCGGGCAUAGAGACGAAGGUCUGGAAGCGGUCGCAGUUCAUGGAAGCCAUGCGUGACUACAAGACUUGGAUAUUCUUCUUCAUGAUCGCUUUCGCAGACUUGCAGAACGGGAUCAGCGUCCAGUACUCCCUCAUCAUUGGCGGGUUUGGGUUCAGCACCGUCCAAACGACGAUCUUGAACGUACCAAGCGGGUUUACGCAAAUCAUCGGUGUUACAUGCGCAUGCCUGAUGCUCCGGUUCUUCCCUAAUUCUCGCUCGAUCAUCGCCCUCAUUUGGUGGAUCCCCUCGAUCGUGGGUGCGAUCUGUCUCCUCUCCAUCCCCCUCGAGAACAAGAACGGCCUAUUGGUUGCGUACUAUAUUUUCCAAUUGGGUGGCGCGCCGUCCUUCGUAAUGAUGCUCUCAUGGGUUACAGUUCUCGUGUCUGGUCACACUAAGAAACUCGCUACGAACGCCGUCUUCCUGGUCGGAUAUGCGCUCGGACAAAUCCUGUGCACGCAGUUCUGGAAGUCGCAGUACAGGCCGAGGGACACAGUUCCCUGGGCUAUCAUCCUCGCCUCCGAAUUCGUCACUAUCUCCCUUAUCAUCCUCCUCCGCGUUCUCCUCAUCCGGGAAAACAAGCGCCGCGACGCGCUCCAAACCGAGAAGGCAGAGGACGAAUUUGGCUAUGUCGAGCAAGUCGAAGACGGCCAGGUGGUGAGGCGCAAGGUCGAGAAGCGCCUGCUCGACCUCACAGAUUGGGAGAACACCUCCUUCCGCUACCCGCUGUGAGCGCCCGCUUGGCCAUCUGAUUCCCCAGCAUGUCAUACCCCCCUUCACGAGUAAAAGAAAACCUCAUCGAGCUGAGAAAGACGUGGUCCGCAAUCAGUUGUUGUCAUCCUUUUUGUUGUUUCGUUUCGUUUCGUUCUGCUCUCAUCAGGUCUGCUGUAAUGUUCGUCGACGUUUCCUGUGCAGUUGGAUUUAUGCUUGUUUCCUCGCCAGUCGAUAACCCAAGGCCUGGCGAGGAUGUAGAUAUGUUUACUUGUUUUUGUCUCCACGUUUUGUUGUUUAC